UCACGUGACCAGGAGCCUAUGUCUGCCCAAGUCCCUCUCGUCCAGGUCCUUUUUGCUUGUCCAGACACCGUCUGCCUACUGCCCUUUGGUCAAGGGGAAAAAGCAGGAGGAAGUCUGCGGGUCACAGCGGUGCGCCUCGAGGAGAGGAGGCCUAGAGCAAACCGCCAGGAGAGGUCCAGAGGAUCCUCAAGAUGGAAAAAUCAUGCAAAGAAAAUGAGGAACAGCCAGAGAGCGCGCCCAAGACGGAUGAGGAACGGCCUCCUGUGGAACACUCUCCCGUAAAGCAGUCUCCGGAAGAACCGUCUUCCGAGGAGCAGUCGUCAGAGGAGGAGUUCUUUCCUGAGGAGCUCCUUCCUGAGCUGCUUCCCGAGAUGCUCGUGUCCGACGAGCGCCCUCCUCCGGAGCGCCUUUCUAGAAGGGACCUUUUUGAAGAGCGCCCUCCCAUGGAGCAGCCUCCUUGUGGAGUGGGAAAACAUAAGCUGGAAGAAGGAAGCUUCAAAGAGAGGCUGGCUCGCUCUCGCCCGCAAUUUAGAGGGGACAUACACGGCCGAAAUUUGAGCAACGAGGAGAUGAUAAAGGUGGCAGAGGAGAUGGAAGAAAUGAAAAGAGUACGAAACAAAUUAAUGGUCAUGCAUUGGAAGGCGAGACGGAACCGUCCUUAUCCUAUUUAAUGUGUUCCGCCUUUAAUUGUUUCCCCUGAUAGAAGGUUGCCACCUGAACUUUGUUUGCAUUUUCUCAUCUCAUGCACUUUCCCCAUCUCAAUUUUAACUUUUUGCGUGGCUUUAUUUUAGGUGUUUUGCUUGUAACUGGCAUAAAAUUGGGUUUUCCCCACCCACAAGCUGCAAGUCUCCCUCUCACCCAUUUGCAUGAAAAGGUGUACAUUAUAUAUUGUGAAGUGAAAACAAUUUUCAAAAAGUAUAUGUAGCAUCCCAUUUUUGUAAAAAAUGUAUAUUUGUAUAUUAAUAUGCAAAGAAAAAACAAAGUAUAUACUUAAAUGUCUUAACAGUGGCUAUCCAUGUGGUAAAAUAACAGGUGUUUUGGUUUUUCAUUUUGCUUAAUGGGAGCUUCUCAUUUUUCAAGACAAACAUAUUUUGCUUUUGUUGAAAAAAACAAUAUGGGGAAAAAUUUAAAAACUGUCAAUCGACUUAUAAAGACAAUGUGGCACUUAAUAAAUACUUGUCAGAACUUUAAAGAAAAGUAAAUCCCAUGUUUCCUUUAAAUCUCUUAGGCAGAAAAAUAAACCAGGUACUUCUA